GAUGCGAGAGAACUCAGUAGGCGAAUCUUCCAUCGAAGGAAUACGUCGUCGUUCAACACGCGCAAAAAUGCUACACAAUAGCAAGUUCAACCUGGCCUCCUUCCUGCUGAUUGCCAUCUCGUUGGCCACUCGUGCGACAGCUGAAGAUUGUUGUGAACCCGGAGAUGUUAAGCUGGAUCCCGAUGAUUGCACCAAGUACUUCGUUUGCUGCACGGGCAAAUUCAAGCCGAUGUCCUGUCCCAGCGGUGAAUAUUGGAAUGCCGGUGCAGGUCAAUGUGAAAUCGACAAUGGUGAGUGCAACUGCAAUGGCCAAACCUGCAUCGAGGGUGACAUUAUCACCGAUGCCAACAACUGCAGCAACUUCAAGAUCUGCGUAAAUGGCAAGUAUCAGUCCGAGCCUUGUCCCAGUGGAGAGUACUGGAACUCGGCCGCCCACGAAUGCCAGCUGGAUGAAGGUCAAUGCGUUGGCACAACACCGCCGCCAGUCUGCUUAGAUGGCGAGGUCAAGGAGAAUGAGGCCAACUGCGCUGGCUACUACAACUGCACCAAUGGCCAAUGGGUGGGGCAUCUGUGUAAUGCUGGCAAAUACUGGAACGUCCAGGCUAAGGAGUGUCAGAAGGAUGAGGGUCAAUGCAAUGGCGGCUCAGAGUGUGAAGAUGGCGAUGUUAAGGAAAAUGAAGACAAUUGCGCUGGCUAUUAUAACUGUAUCAAUGGCACAUAUGUGCCACAGCUUUGUGGCGCAGGACUCUACUGGAGUGUGGAAGCCAAGGACUGUGUCGUCGACAAUGGCGAAUGCAAUGGCCCGCAAGGUCCCGAUUGUGACGAUGGCACUGUUGUCGUGAAUCCUUCCAAUUGCUCUGGUUUCUACAACUGCACCAACGGUAAAUUUGUGUUCCAACUUUGCGGAUCAGGACUCUACUGGAACAACACGAUCCAGGCGUGCGAAAAGGACGAAGGACAAUGCGUUGGCACCCCAUCUCCCGUGUGUGAAGAAGGUGCACUUAAGGUCGAUGACGACAACUGUGCUGGUUACUUGCAGUGUAUUAAUAAUUCCUGGGUGAACAAAGACUGCGCGGCUCAAAGCUACUUCGAUAAAGAUCUGCUGACGUGUGUCAUCGAUAGCGACGGUGUUUGUGUCUGUGCCGAUGGAGACCUUAAGGUGAAUACCGCGAACUGCACAGGUUACUACAACUGCACCAAUGGCCAAUACGUUGCGCAAUUCUGCGCAUCAGGACUUUACUGGAAUUCCGAGGACAAGCAGUGUCAGAAGGAUGAAGGACAAUGCAAUCCCACACCAUCUCCCGUGUGUGUCGAGGGCUCUCUUAAGGUCGAUGACGCCAACUGUGCUGGUUACUUGCAGUGCACCAACAAUUCGUGGGUGACUAAAGAGUGUGGAACUGGUAACUACUUCGACAAAGAUCUUCUGGCGUGUGUGGUGGACAGCGAUGGUGUUUGCGUACCCAAGGAAUGUGUCGAUGGAGAUCUUAAGGCGAAUACAGCGAACUGCACUGGUUACUACAACUGCACCAAUGGCCAAUACGUUGCGCAAUUCUGCGGAUCAGGACUUUACUGGAAUGCUGCCGACAAGCAGUGUCAGAAGGAUGAAGGACAAUGCAAUCCCACACCAUCUCCCGUGUGUGUCGAGGGCUCUCUUAAGGUCGAUGACGCCAACUGUGCUGGUUACUUGCAGUGCACCAACAACUCGUGGGUGACUAAAGAGUGUGGAACUGGUAACUACUUCGACAAAGAUCUUUUGGGCGUGUGUGUGGUGGACAGCGAUGGUGUUUGCGUACCCAAGGAAUGUGUCGAUGGAGAUCUUAAGGCGAAUACAGCGAACUGCACUGGUUACUACAACUGCACCAAUGGCCAAUACGUUGCGCAAUUCUGCGGAUCAGGACUUUACUGGAAUGCUGCCGACAAGCAGUGUCAGAAGGAUGAAGGACAAUGCAAUCCCACACCAUCUCCCGUGUGUGUCGAGGGCUCUCUUAAGGUCGAUGACGCCAACUGUGCUGGUUACUUGCAGUGCACCAACAAUUUGUGGGUGACUAAAGAGUGUGGAACUGGUAACUACUUCGACAAAGAUCUUCUGGCGUGUGUGGUGGACAGCGAUGGUGUUUGCGUACCCAAGGAAUGUGUCGACGGAGAUGUUAAGGAAAAUACCGAGAACUGCGCUGGUUUCUACAACUGCACCAACGGUCAAUACGUGGCUCAACUCUGCGGAUCGGGACUUUACUGGAAUGCUGCCGACAAGCAGUGCCAGAAGGAUGAAGGACAAUGCAAUGCUACACCAUCUCCGGUGUGUGAGGAGGGUACACUUAAGGUGAAUGAAGCCAACUGUGCUGGUUACUUGCAGUGCGUGAACAACGCGUGGGUCGCAAGACUGUGUGCAUCUCAGAGCUACUUUAAUGCUGAUCUGUUGGCGUGUGUUGUGGAUACAGAUGGUGUUUGCGUUCCGAAGGUCUGCGAUCCCGAGUGCUGUGAUCAGCCCAAUGAUUGGUUGGGUCCUGUGGACAACAACUGUUCCGCAUUCGUACACUGUCUCUAUGGCAACAAAUUUGAGAUGAGAUGCCCCAAUAAUCUGCAGUUCAACAAUGUCACCAAGGAGUGCGAUUAUCCCGAGAAUGUGCAGUGUGAGGAUGGCUCGGAACCUCCAAGUGGUCCCACUGCAGGUCCUUCGGGCACCUACUGCGAGAGCAAGGGUCGUUGUGUUGGCCAGUCCGAUGGCACUAUGUUGGCUGAUGAGGAUGCAUGCAGCAGUUCCUAUAUCGUCUGCCAGUGCGAGUGCGCGAUCAACUUCAAGUGCAACGCCGGUCUUGUGUUUAACCAGAAGCUCAAAGUUUGUGACUGGCCCACAAGUGUGGAUUGUUAAGUUCCUUUAAUAAAAAUAGAAUAUAUGAAGCUGCA